AUGUACCUUAAUUUAAACGUCGGCAUUCUAGGGCAUGUUGACUCGGGCAAGACAACGCUAGCACGUGCCCUGAGCGCCAUCGCCAGUACGGCCGCUUUCGACAAAAAUCCUCAAUCACAGGAACGAGGUAUUACGCUGGACCUGGGAUUCAGCGCCGCGCAGUAUGAUCUUCCGGAGCACCUGGUGAACCAGGAGCAGUGUGCGGCUCUCGGCUACGAAAGGCUCCAAUUCACAUUCGUUGACUGUCCCGGCCAUGCCAGUCUGAUUCGUACAAUCAUCGGUGGUGCCCAGAUUAUCGACAUGAUGCUGCUGGUGAUCGAUGCUGAGAAAGGAAUCCAACCCCAAACGGCCGAAUGUUUGAUCAUCGGAGAACUGACGUGCCGAAAGUUGAUCGUGGUGCUGAACAAAAUCGACUCCUUCACAGAUUCCGAACAGAGGAGGAAAAUUUUGGACAAACUGACAAAGGGCAUACGAGGAGUGUUGUCGAAAAUGGCGUUCGAUGAAUCGCCGGUUGUGGCCAUAUCGGCGUCGACGGGAGAAAACAUUCCAGCGCUCACGGACACAUUGAUGUCCCGGUCUUUUCUGCCCUCUCGAAACGCCAAGCUACCGCUCAUGUUUGCCGUUGACCACUGCUUCGCCAUCAAAGGCCAGGGAACCGUUUGCACCGGUACGGUCCUGCAAGGAAUGGUAAGCGUCGGUGAUAAGGUGGACAUUCCGAAGCUAAAACUCCAGCGCAAGGUACGAUCGAUACAGAUGUUCCGGCAAAACUACACCACCAUCCAGCAGGGCGAUCGGGCGGGAAUUUGUAUUACACAGUUCGAACCGAAAUCUCUCGAGCGCGGUAUCGUCUGUGCGACCAAUUACGCGCAGUACGUUCACGCAGCGAUUCUCGAAAUUGCGCCACUUCGGUACUACAAACGCCCGAUUCGUAGUAAGACAAAGUUUCACAUCACCUGCGGGUAUGAGACGGUCUUAGCUACGAUUCUGCUAUUCACCGGCGAGCAGAAUACACCGUUUUCGUAUGACGCGCAAUACGAAUUUUUGGAGGGAGUUGCCGCCGACAACGGACUCAAUCGGGCGGUGUUGGCGUUGCUCGAAUUCGAAAAGCCCAUUCUCGCCUUUGAAGAUGCUCUCAUCGUGGGCUCGAAGUUGGAUAGUGACAUACAGCGAAUCACGGAUUGUCGGAUAGCCUUUUCUGGGCGGCUUACGCACAUGAUACGGGAUGCUAAUUACGCCGAAAGCGUGCUGCCGGGAUUACAGGUUUUUAAGCGAAAGCACAAGACAGGUAAUGUGCAGCGAGUAGUGAACGAACAGGAGCUGAUAGCGGCAGGAUUUUUCAAGAAGACGGGCAACAAUCGUCACGCGUUCGUGGGGUUCAAUGUUACCCUCAGCUCUGGUGAGCGUGGUGUUAUUGAUGGCGCUUUCGGUGCUGGCGGGAAAGUGAAAGUACGCUUUUCGGAACCACUUGCUGCGGAUGUGUUGGAACGGCUGAACAACAAAAAAGGUAGUAAUCGUGAUGACUCACGAGUGGAAUUGAACUUUAAAAAGUUUUUGUUCCGCAAAACCGACAAGGAUAAGAACAUUUUCCAGUAAGUUGGAAGUUGAUA